CAACGAGUUCACAGUAGUGUAAAUAUGAUCAACAAUAGUAAACAGCUUUUGUAUAUCGCCAUUAUAAACUUAUUCACGGGUAUUUCCAAUUUUAUUGCUGGAAAUACAAAUUUAGAUGUUGUAAUAAAGGGAUAGAGCUCAUAUUCCUAUUCUAAUGAUGAUGAUGUUAUUAUGUGCCCUAUUGUAAAAGUACCAAGCAAGUUACUUCAUAUAAAAUAGCAAUACUUUUGUUACGCACAAAUCUGUUAGAGUCGUUCCAUUAACGUUGACUUGUUGGUUAGUAUAUUUCAGAAAUAUUAGUCAACAUGUCUGAUAUUUCUAAAAUUAUCUUGUUCAGCUGUGCUUUCAUCAGGUUUUUUGUUAUGGGAGAUACAAUAGAAGAACUAAAGAAGACCUACGCAGACACCAUAAUGGCUUGCGCCAAGGAGUUUCCUCUAACAGCAGCUGGCCUGAAGCAGCUCAGAGAAGGCUCGCUGCCUGAAGACCCAGUGGUCAAGUGUCUCUUCGCGUGUACAUACAAGAAGCUUGGCAUGAUGGAUGAGAAGGGCCAGCUGUCAGUGGACGGUGUGAAGAAGAUCUCCCAGAAGUAUCUCGCAGACACUCCAGUUAAGAUGAAGAAGGCUGACGAAUUUACGGAUGCUUGUAGCAGCGUGAAUAACGUACCAGUCAGUGAUGGGGAGAAAGGGUGUGAAAGAGCGGCUCUUAUCUUCAAAUGCAGCGUUGAAAAAGCACCUCAGGCAAUAACUGAAGAUGAGAUUAAGAUGGAGUUCACCAAAUUGGUGAUGAAGUGCACCAAAGACCACCCGGUGGAGAUGGCUGACAUGAUGAGUCUGCAGAAGCUGAUCCCCCCGACCAAACCUGAAGUCAAGUGUCUACUAGCCUGCGCUUAUAAACUGGACGGCGUUAUGACAGAAAAAGGCUUGUAUAGUUUAGACCACGGUUACAAGCUUGCAGAAAAAAUUAAAAAUGGAGAUGAAAAGCGAUUGGAGAAUGGAAAGAAAAUGGCUGAUAUUUGUGCCAAAGUAAACGAGGUGGAAGUUAGUGACGGGAAUAAGGGAUGUGAACGCGCUGGUUUGAUCUUCAAAUGUACUCUAGAUAAUGCUCCAAAGUUUGGAUUCAAGGUUUAAUUAUAUGAAUUGAAGUGAUGCUCCACAUAAUAUUAUGAAUUAUUGAAAAGAUAUGCAAGAAAAAAAUCUACCAAAAUGUAUUAGCCAAAUAAAUAUAUGUAAAC